CCUUCCCCCCACCCACCCCGCAACAGGAGCCGGAGCCGCGGCAGAGGCACUGAGGCAAGAGGCAGCGGGGCCGAGCGGGCUGGGAAUCGCGGGCAUGAGGGGGCGGCGCUGAGGAGAUACGGGCUGAGGCGACAUCUUGUGUCCCCCACCCGCUCCACCCUUUGCCGACGGUGCAAUCCCGAGCGCCCCGCAGAAAGCCAGGGGCCCCCGCGGAGGAGAACAAGGAGGCGGCCCAGGUUUUCUAACUUGCUGCUAUGAGGAAACCUCGGAGGAGGUCCCGGCAGACUUUAGAGGGAAGACGUUCUCCUUCACCAUACAGGUUGAAAUGCUCACCCACCCGAGAGACCCUGACAUAUGCUCAGGCUCAGCGAAUAGUGGAAGUCGAUAUUGAUGGCCGUCUCCAUCGCAUCAGCAUUUAUGAUCCUCUAAAGAUCAUCACCGAGGAUGAGCUAACCGCCCAGGACAUCACAGAAUGCAACAGUAACAAAGAAAACAGCGAACAACCCCUUUUUCCUUCAAAAUCUAAGAAAAAUCAGUGCAAAGGUAAAAAAAAGGAGACAUGCACCAAACAUGCUUCGGGAGCAUCUUUUCAUCUACCACAGCCCAGCUUUCGCAUGAUUGAUUCUUUCAGCCAGCUGGAUGCACCACCCUUGCCUUCAGCUUACUAUCAGUAUAUUGAGAAACCACUCGAGGAUGUUGACGCUGAAGUGGAGUAUGAUUUGGAUGAGGAGGAUUUGGCCUGGCUUGACAUGAUCAAUGACAAAAGGAAGAGUGAUGGGUAUGGGUCAAUUUCUGCAGAGACUUUUGAAUUGCUACUAGAUCGUCUGGAGAAAGAAUCGUAUUUGGAGAGUCGUAAUAAUGGAGCCCAGCAGACUAUGAUAGAUGAGGAUGCUGUUUGUUGUGUUUGCAUGGAUGAUGAAUGUCAUAACAGCAAUGUCAUUUUAUUUUGUGACAUAUGCAACUUGGCUGUGCACCAAGAGUGUUAUGGAGUUCCCUACAUCCCUGAGGGACAAUGGCUUUGUCGCUGCUGUUUACAAUCCCCUUCCCACCCUGUUGAUUGUGUCUUGUGUCCAAACAAAGGUGGAGCAUUCAAACAGACCAGUGAUGGUCACUGGGCUCACGUUGUUUGUGCCAUCUGGAUCCCAGAAAUCUGUUUUGCAAACACUGUGUUUCUGGAACCCAUUGAGGGAAUAGAAAAUAUCCCGCCUGCCCGCUGGAAACUAACUUGUUACAUCUGCAAGCAGAAGGGCAUGGGAGCAGCUAUCCAGUGCCACAAAAUGAACUGCUACACUGCUUUCCAUGUUACCUGUGCCCAGAGAGCUGGUCUCUUCAUGAAGAUUGAGCCCAUGAGGGAGACCAGUCUCAAUGGCACUACGUUCACUGUGCGCAAAACUGCUUACUGUGAGGCACAUUCCCCUCCUGGCACUGUGAAAAAAGGACAUGCAACUACUGCUCAUGAAGGAGAUGAGGACAUUGUAAAGAAUGUGACAAUGGAAAGGGUCAGUCCCAAAAAUAAAAGCAAAGUAAAUUGGAAGCAGAAGGUGAAAAAGGAAAGCAGUGCUUCUGCACCUCUGCUAAUGGUCACACAGAUCCCUUCUUACCGGCUGAAUAAAAUCUGCAGUGGACUCAACUUCCAGAGAAAGAAUCAGUUCAUGCAGAGGCUGCACAAUUAUUGGCUAUUGAAACGUCAGUCAAGAAACGGUGUACCACUGAUACGGAGGCUACACUCUCACUUACAGUCCCAAAGAAAUGCAGAACUGAAGGAGCAGGAUGAAAAGACUAGUGCAGUAAAAGAAGAGCUUAAAUAUUGGCAGAAACUUCGACAUGAUCUAGAAAGAGCCCGGCUGCUCAUUGAAUUAAUUCGUAAACGUGAGAAACUCAAACGUGAACAGGUAAAGGUUCAGCAAGCUGCUAUGGAGUUACAGCUCACACCAUUCAAUGUUCUUCUGCGCACAACACUGGAUUUACUGCAGGAAAAGGAUCCAGCCCAGAUCUUUGCAGAUCCCGUAAACCUGAGUGAGGUUCCAGAUUACCUGGAAUUCAUUUCCAAGCCAAUGGAUUUUUCUACCAUGAGGAAGAAGUUGGAGUCCCACCAGUAUCAAACACUGGAUGAAUUUGAAGAAGAUUUUAACCUUAUGCUUGCCAAUUGCAUGAGGUAUAAUUCUAAAGACACAAUUUUCCAUCGAGCAGCUGUCCGGCUCAGAGACCUUGGAGGUUCAAUAUUACGCCAUGCACGACGGCAAGCUGAGAAUAUUGGCUUUGACCCCCAAGUGGGGAUUCAUUUGCCUGAAUCUCCAAAGACAGAAGAUUUUUAUCGUUUUUCUUGGGAGGAUGUUGACAAUAUUCUUGUUGCUGAGAACCGAGCUCAUCUUUCCUUGGAAGUACAACUGAAGGAACUACUGGAAAAGCUAGACAUAGUGAGCACCAUGAGAUCAAGCGGUGCCCGAACUCGUCGUGUUCGACUCUUGAGACGGGAAAUCAACUCCGUCAGGCAAAAGCUGGCUCAGCAGCAGAAUAAAGCCAUGCCAAAUGGAGAAUCAGCUCCAUGGGAAGAAGGUCUGGAAAAAAUGCUGCAAAGUGAUGAAGAUAGGGAAAAAGCAGAUGACACCAAGCCCCCACUUCCCCCUACCCUGGAGCCCACAGGACCUGCACCCUCCCUAUCGGAGCUGGACUCUCUGCAGGACCCUCCAACUCUCAAACCCAUUAGCGAAAGCAAGUCCUUGAACAGACUGCAUAAACGGCUGAAGUCCGAGGGUGAGCUCUUUGAUAAGAAGACGCUGCAGAGGGAGAGCCACCACGCCUUCCACCAUUUGCUCAGCGACAACGGCCUGAAUGGAUUGGCCCUUCAGGCUACGGGCACUUCUGCCAGCCCCCCGUUUAGUGGCGUGGGCAGGCGGACUUCUGUCCUUUUUAAAAAAGCCAAGAACGGGGUGAAACUACAAAGAGAUCUGGACUGUCCCCUUGAGAAUGGAGAGGACCACAGCCAAAGUGGGCAGCUCUCCCCCUCCAGCAUAGAGGGUGAGCAGCCAUCUCGGAAACAGCCACAGAGUGGGAGCUACAGCGAGAGCGAUGACGAGAAAUCCCCCAGGCAGGCAGGAGUGACAGCAGCUGUGACCAAUGGCUUCAGGAAGCACAUAGAAAGUGGGUCUGACUCAGAAUGUAGCUCUGGACAGGGCAGCGGUCUUUCAUUUGAUAUCUGCAGUAGUCCUCCACCACACAAACGUAGCCGAGGAAAGCCUGCUCUUAUACGGGUCCCUUUUCUGGAUGGUGUAAAUAAAGAUUUGGCAUAUAGCAACUCAGGAAGAAACUUGCUGAUGUCAUUCGAGGAACACGCUGACCUAGAACCUCUGGAGCUUGUGUGGGCAAAAUGUCGUGGCUAUCCUUCUUACCCAGCCCUGAUCAUUGAUCCUGAGAUGCCGCAAGAAGGCCUCCUUCACAAUGGAGUCCCAAUCCCUGUCCCCCCUCUGGAAGUGCUAAAAUUAGGUGAGCAGAAGCAAGCGGAGGCUGGAGAAAAACUUUUCCUUGUCCUUUUCUUUGAUAACAAGAGGACAUGGCAGUGGCUUCCACGAGAAAAAGUUCUUCCUCUUGGAGUAGAUGACACUGUGGAUAAACUCAAGAUGCUGGAAGGACGGAAAACCAGUAUCCGCAAGUCUGUCCAGGUUGCAUAUGAUCGUGCAAUGAUUCAUAUGAGCCGUGUUCGGGGAGACCAUCCAUUCGUCACACCCAAUUAUCUGUAGGAAAUUUUGCUCUCCCCAUCCUGUAGGAAGUAAGGUCUGCAUCUACAGGCAAAGUAGAUCAACUAUGACCUGAGGAAUAUGGGAUUUUCCUGCCUACAAGAAGAUGUAAUUGCCACAUUUGCAUUCUUAGUAGAGACAUGGUAUUUCCAACAGUAGGAAAAGUUCAUGUUGCAUACUUGAUAUGUGCCAAAAAGUCUGCCUGGUUUCUUUCUGAACAUGUUAGCCAAAGGAUCCAGGAGGGAAAGAAGUGAUGUAGCAGCCUGACCUAGUAAGAAGAUGUCAGGAGCAGCUACACUAUAAUGCUGCUACCCUGGCAGAACCUUAGAUAAUUUGCUGAUUGGACAAAAGCCCUCAGACUCUUGAGUUUUUAAUCUUCAGCUAGUCCUGAAGCAGCUGUGGAGCUUAUUGCUUCUGUUAUGACUUGAGGGUCUUUUUGAUGACUCUCGUGUGCCAAAUGUUCACUAAUAUUCACCAUAUAUUUUCAAGUUAUUUUUGAAAAACACUGGUCCCCCUCCCCCAUGCAAUUAUAUUUGCAACCCUGUGUAGAACUCUCUAAAUUUGUAUAUGUUUUUAUGUUAGAGAUUACAAUUAAAGAAAAAGAAAGAUAGAUAGAAUAUUUUGGGGUAAUGCCCCUUUCCUGAUUUUGCCUCAUGCUCACGUUCACAGAGCUUUAAAUAUGAAGAAACCCCUUGGGAGAUAUUUUCUGUGAUUUUUACAUUUCAAUUUCAGAUCCGUAUACUUCUGAAAAUUGAUAAAGUAAUAUUUUAAAUGUUAUUUUACAAAUACUUAUGCUGCUAGAAUGUUGUUGCUAGAUAUGAAGGUUUAUUGUGAAAUGAGGAAAAAACAAUCUUUAUGGUAUUGAAAACAUUGCCCCCCCCAUUGCCCCCCCCGCCUUUCAUGAACAAUGUCACUGAAGCCCUUGUCUCACUUGUCAUGUCUGUCCUUCAGAAAAUCACAGCAUCCUGUCCAUUCUGUAGGAUUUUUUAGGCAUGGAAGCAGCCUCUUGUUUAUUUACAAGGGAACAUGCAUAAAAAUCUCUUCCUUAUAUGCAUCACCCUACUUAGGUUUGGGCCAUUAAGCAUCACAUUACUCAUUUAGAGCUUUUUCCAGUUUUCAGUAGUAAGUAUCUGCUUAUAUAGAGUGCCAUAUGUAUUUUGACGUAUGCAGCUCUGGACUAGGGCAAUCAUGUAGAAUCAUGGUUCCCCUUUACCCGAAGAAAUGAGAAUUAAAUUGGAAUGUGUUUGUCAUCUUAUUCACUGGAAUUCCCUACAGUCACUCUUGGCCACCCCAUAAACACUUCAGUAUUUGCUUUCAUGCGCUCUGAGCUUCCGUUAUUGGGUUCUGUUAAAAAUAGAGCACAACCCCUUGGAGAAACCUUUUUUUUUUCCAACUUGCCUAUGCUACAAAAAGAGAAAGAGCUGAACCUUGCAAGUUGACAGUGCAUUUCAUAGGUAACAUUUGAUUUUGUGAAGUUUUUUUGUUCCUUUAACAAUUUCAAACCAAAGGUACAGUGCAAGAUUGUAAUUUGAAAACCAUUGUGUCCCCCCUCUUUUCCCUUUUUAACUUUAUUAUUGUUAUUUUCUUAUUAAGAGAUUGUGGGACAAAUGUUAUUGUGGGAAAAUCACUGCCAUUUCUAUGUGGUCUUUUUUUUCCAAGAACCACAUCUUAUACAUUGGGACAUAAAACCACACUAUAUGGGAAAAAUCUGUAACAUAUACAGAACAUGAAUAGGAAUCUUUUUU